CUGGAGGCUGGGGCUGAUGUAAAAGUACAAACCAAAUCAGGCUGCACAGCACUCCAUGCAGCAUCAAUAUUUGGAUCUCAAAAGUGUGUUGACCUGUUACUGAAGGUUGGGGCUGAUGUAAAAGUACAAAACGAGACAGGCGACACUUCACUUCAUGAAGCAUCCAGGUGUGGAUCUGAAAGGUGUGUUGAUCUGUUACUGAAGGCUGGGGCUGAUGUAAAAGUACAAAACGAGACAGGCGACACUCCACUUCAUAAAGCAUCCAGGUGUGGAUCUGAAAAGUGUGUUGACCUGUUACUGAAUGCUGGGGCUGAUGUAAAAGUACAAAACGAGACAAGCUACACUCCACUUCAUGAAGCAUCCAGGUGUGGAUCUCAAAAGUGUGUCGAUCUGUUACUGAAGGCUGGGGCUGAUGUAAAAGUACAAAACAAAUCAGGCUACACAGCACUCCAUGCAGCAUCAAUGUGCGGAUCUCAAAAGUGUGUUGAUCUGUUACUAAAGGCUGGGGCUGAUGUAAAAGUACAAAACAAAUCAGGCUACACAGCACUCCAUGCAGCAUCAAUGUGCGGAUCUCAAAAGUGUGUUGAUCUGUUACUGGAGGCUGGGGCUGAUGUGAAAGUACAAAACGAGAGAGGCGACACUCCACUUCAUGAUGCAUCCAGAUGUGGAUCUCAAAAAUGUGUUGAUAUGUUACUGAAGGCUGGGGCUGAUGUAAAAGUACAAAACAAGACAGGCUACUCUCCACUUCAUGAAGCAUCCAGAUGUGGAUCUCAUAAGUGUGUUGACCUGUUACUGAAGGCUGGAGCUGAUGUAAAAGUACAAAACAAGACAGGCGAAACACCACUUCAUAACGCAUCAAUGUGCAGAUCUGAAAAGUGUGUUGAUAUGUUACUGAAGGCUGGAGCUGAUGUUAAAGUACAAAACGAGGCAGGCGACACUCCACUUCAUAACGUAUUAGGGCUCGGAUUGGAAGAGCGUAUUUACCUGUUACAGAAGGCUGGCCUGAAUGUCGGGGAUCAGAUAGGACUCGCGCCACUCUGUAGAACAUUAAUGUAUGGAUCGAAAGAGUGUGUUGACCUGUUACUGAAGGCAGGGGCUGAUAUACAGGUACAGAAUAGAACAGGCGACACACCACUUCAUAAAGUAUUGAGGUAUCGAUCUCAAAAGUUUGUUGAUCUGUUACUGAAGGCUGGAGCUGAUGUAAAAGUACAAAAGGAGACGGGCGACACUCCACUUCCUGAAGCAUCCAGGUGUUGAUCUCAAAAGUGUGUUGAUCUGUUACUGAAGGCUGGGGCUGAUGUACAAGUACAAAACGAGACAGGCGACACUCCACUUCAUGAAGCAUCGAGAUGUGGAUCUGACAAUGUGUUGAUCUGUUACUGAAGGCUGGGGCUGAUGUAAAAGUACAAAACGAGACAGGCGACACUCCACUUCAUGAAGCAUCCAGGUGUGGAUUUCAAAAGUGUGUUGAUCUGUUACUGAAGGCUGGGGCUGAUGUAAAAGUACAAAACAACUCAGGCUACACAGCACUCCAUGCAGCAUCAAUCCAUGGAUCGAAAAAGUGUGUUUACCUGUUACUGAAGGCUGGGGCUGAUGUAAAAGUACAAAACAACUCAGGCUACACAGCACUCAAUGCAGCAUCAAUGUAUGGAUCUAAAGACUGUGUUAACCUGUUGCUGGAGGCUGUGGCUGACAUACAGGUACAGAAUAGAGCAGGCGACACACCACUUCAUAUCGCAUCAAUGUUUGGAUCUCAAAAGUGUGUUGAUAUGUUACUGAAGGCUGGAGCUGAUGUUAAAGUACGAAACGAGACAGGCGACACUCCACUUCAUGAAGCAUCCAGGUGUGGAUCUCAAAAGUGUGUUGUUCAGGCUACACGGCACUCCAUGCAGCAUCAAUCCAUGGAUCGAAAGACUGUGUUGACCUGUUACUGAAGGCUUGGGCUGAUAUACAGGUAC